AUGUUCAAGCGCAGAGAAUUCUGUUCUGAUUCAAUUGAUCGAAAACCAAUGAUGGAUAGCCCGUUCUUCAGAAGCCACUAUUAUCAGCCAUCGCGCCCUCACUACUCUCCUUCCGUCAGGGGAAUACCAGUCAAGUCGGUUCGGCAGAACCCCACAACGACGGCGUCAGCGAAGGUCGUUUCAAUACCCGUCCAUUUCGUUGGGUCAGAGACGACCCGCUCGGCCUCCGCCUUGAAGAUCCAGAAGGUCUUCAGAGGCUUCGAGGUGCGGAGGAGUGUGAAGAAAAUCGUGUCUAUCAAGAGCGAAGUCGAUGAGAUUGAACGGAGAAUUUCGGUGAGCGAAACAGCUGAGUUGAUUCAGAGGGAUGAGAAAGAGAGGUUGAGAUUGAAUGAGGCGUUAAUGGCUCUGCUUUUUAAGUUGGAUUCUAUUCGCGGAGUGGAUUCUGGGGUUAGGGAUUGUAGAAGGGCCGUGAUCAAGAAGGCUAUUGCAUUGCAGGAGAAAAUCGAUUCCAUUGUUGCUGCUUCUGAUAAAACGCUAGGUACGGAAAUUAAUGACCAAGUGGUUGAGGUAAAGGUAAAGGUCGAUGAUCACUCUGAAUCUCUUGAUGAAGCUGUUGAUCAGUCCCUGGAAAUUAAAGAUUCCGCCGAGAAUGUUGCUGCUGAUCAAACACGAGAUAAAGCAUUGGGGGCUAAAGCACCUGAAUUCAAAGAUUCUUCUGAUUUGUCGAUUAGUGACAAUUAUUCGGAAAAUGCUGGGGAUGGAAAUCCUGGUGAAUCGGUGCCUGAAAUAGGCAAAUCCGAAGCUCGAGAGGGAGGUGUUGAUAAGCCAGCAGAAGGUUGUGAGAAGAUGGAGGUUACUGAAAUUGGAAUUCAUUCGGAGGUUAAGCCGAAUGAAGACGAUUGUGUUGUGAAGGAGAUUGUUGAGAAUUGCAAUUCAAUUCCGUUUGAGAGUGAAUGUGUGGAAGAAACAAAUCUGACACGGGACUAUUUGGAGUCCUCGGUGCAUCCUCAGAGUUUGAGUGAAGAGGGUGAGAAAAACAAGAGCUCAGAGAAGGUAGCUGAUGGGAUGGCAAUGCAAAGAGCUGAGCAGACUGAAGUUGGAGGGGGAGAUGAUAACAAGAUGAACAGAGAACUAUUGGAGAGGAUGGUGGAGGACAAUGGGAAAAUGGUGAGCUUGAUGAUGCAGCUGUAUGCGAGAAAUGAAAUGCAGACUCGGAUGCUGAACUCAUUGACACAUAGGGUUGAGCAAUUGGAGAAGGCAUUCAUUCGUGACCGCCUAAGAAGGAAGAAGAAGAGUCAUGCUGCUUGA